CGAACCUGAAAGUACGAGUCCAACAUCAUCACCAGCAAUAUCAAGUUCGCCUGCACCUCGUUCUGUUCUUCGCAUUAGUGCAUUCAGCGAAAGCUCAGAGUCACCACAGGACGAUGUCGUACGAACCGAUGAAGGAGAGAACGGAUCUACGCUAUAUCAGGGCUUACCUGAUAUGAUGGCGUGUAGCUUAUCACACAGUCAAACUCGAACAAAUCGAAAGGAGAGCGUACUGGAUGAACCGUUUGGAAUGCCUCCAACCCAGUUCAACAUCAGCAACAAACAUGACACGGUGGCAGAAGCAUCACUUUCUCAGUUCGAAGGCGCUGGUAUCUUUUUUGAUACUGGGAACAACGGUCUAUCUAGGUUAUCUACAGGAUCCGCGGGCGAGACCGAACAGGACACGAGGAGAACUUUAUCGGCUGAUAUAUCGAAUGAAGGGGCUACUGCGGCUGAGUCGGGCAGACGAACCACCAGCACACCUGAGUCUUCAGACCAAACCCAUCAAUCGGGUACUUCAGUUGCGAAUAUUGAGGCCAUGUCUCCAACAGUUGAUGAAGGAACUCAUCAAGAUCCUUGGACGUACUCAACAAGCACAACGAUACCUGAUCUCCACGAGCCUCAAACCAGUACAACCCUCGUAGAUAGCACCAUGCUCAGGGAACCCAUUUUUCCGGGAAGAACUGAUGUUACUGAGUACCCGUACUACGGUAUGGAAAUCGGAUCCAUUCGUAGACCGGACUCACGAAACCAGCUUGAACCGCAAAUUUUGGCACAGGAACAGGUCCCGCGCAUGCGUACUCUCGGUUCCGUAUCGCCCAUUGUACGUGAGCGCAUGGUGUCGGGGUUUUAUUCGUCGUCUGAGAACUCUACAAGUUCAGUGGAUCAGCCAACAGCAGGAAGCACAGGGACAGUCGCUGUGCACCGUGCGUACACGCGUUCAGGCACGUGUUAUUGAGGCGUACAUGCGCUAACUGUCAUUCAAAGCAACUACAGAACAACCACCUUCUAGUGGAAACGUGGGUUUGCGAAGAGUUCGUCGGGUUUGGAACGGGACUGCGGGAUUUUCCAGUAGGUGUAAGCGGUCGCUGCGUCAUAGGUUCAAGUGGUGAGCAA